AUGGCACGAUCCCAGACGAUGAGCAGCAAGCUUUUACUACUUGCACUCAUGUGUGUGUUAUUAGUGAGUACGUCUUGCCACAAAGUCCUGAUUCUCCCAGGAAUCUCCAUUGGAAGUCAUUUUCUAUACCUCGCAAAAAUUGGCGACCAUUUGAAGAACCAAGGCCACCAUGUUACAUUGCUGUUAGGGAAAAACCACAACUCUCUGAGCAAGAUAAAUCACAUCGCAGACAGUUUCCACUUUGAAAAUUAUACCAGUGCUGUGGACAAAGAUGCGAUUGGAAAGCUGGACAAGAUGUAUACAAAUUUUCUAAAAGGGGAGUUUGAUCCUAUGGACCAUAUGAUAAUGGUUAACAUAUUAGUAGAAGAUUGUAUGUUACUACUCGAAAACAAGGAAUUAUUUGAACGCUUACAAAAAAAAGGGUUUGAUGUUAUACUUACCAACAACGGCUCUCCAUGUACCAUUCUCAUGUCACAAAAACUAGAUCUACCGUUUGUCAUUGAAUGGACAGAGUUUAUGGAGUCAUCCAGACAUGGAGUUGUUAUAUUAUCAUUUGGUUCAAUGACUAAUCUCGCGACUAAUCCCGAGAAAAUGGAAGUUAUUUGCGCUGGGCUUGCCAGAUUGCCACAGAACGUAAUCAUGAAAUAUAAUGGACCCCCACCAACAACUCUUGGUAAUAAUACCAAAUUGACAAAAUGGAUGCCUCAAAAUGAUUUACUUGGUCACCCUAACACCAAAGCUUUUGUAACUCAUGGCGGCAUGAAUGGUGUAUACGAAGCUAUAUAUCAUGCUGUUCCAAUGGUAGGAUUUACCUUUGUACGGUGA